AUGAGUUCUUUAUUAGCUAUACUCUUAGUUGUCAAUUCAACUAGAGGUCAUCACUACUUAUUCAGCUAUCCUACAAACCCUAAACGACCUUCCUCAUUUCACCAGCAACGUUUUGAGUCUGAGGAUCACUUUUAUGGCUCAUCCGUCAGUUGUCUUACAAAUAAUGAUGACAAAAGACAAUCAAUUGAAGCUGAUCCAGAUCCUUUUGCAGGACGUGACACCAUAUUCAACAUUGACGUUUCAUUUCUAGCAGACGCCUUAGCUCCCAAAUUCCCUCUGUGUGAUCGCAAAUUUCAACUUUGUAUUGACGAUCUUACCUUUGUAGGACACCCUGUCAGUUUGACAUCACCACAAAAUGAACCACGAGAACACGAAGAAACACCAUCAGCUCAUGUAUCUCCUAAGUCACCUUUAACUCCAAAUACGACCCCUUCACCUCAUGAUCAACAAGAAGAGAAUGACGCUCAGAGUAUCGUCAAUGAAUCCUCUUAUAGCGAAACUGAAAGUGAUCAUGGUAGCACUGACGGAGACGAUAGGAGCAAUAAAGACAAUGAUGACAUUCAUGACGAAAGCUCUCUAUCUGAUGGCUCACCUGGAUCAAUUCACAUGACUUUAUUCCACGUUGUCUUUGUCUUGUCACCACCUGAUCUUGAAUUGAACGCACAAGUAGAGACGCUUUACAAACAUGUCAUCUUGAAAUACUCUUCUGCAUUAAGGUACGAACAGUUACGGUGUGGUUAUGUGCAAGAAGAAAUAGAAAAAGUUUUAGCUUUGAAAGAAGAGGCUUAUAAUAAAAGCACACCUUAUAAUCAAGUGAUGAGUGAGAUACUACAGAAAUCAUCACUCGCGAGAGACAUCCGACAGAUCUACACAGCCAUCUCUUCAAAUGCUGCAGCACACGUUAUCAUUAACGACUUUAUUGAUUUAUCCUUGCAAAUACCUAUACUUGGAACAAAGAAAGCGACAUCAAGGAACUCAUUGGAGGAUAGUUUUGUUUCUCCUAUAGCCUCUUCUCUGAUGGACAUUUACUCUGUCACAGGUUAUGAGUAUGAUAAUUACCCGAUUCUCUGCCCUUAUCAUACCCUGCUACUCCUGGAAGAUCCUGAGGAAGUUCUCAAGAAUAUGCCGCUAGACGCAAGUCCAACUUUAGUGCAACUAGUACAAAUACUGACACCUACUCAAAGUCUACAAGAGUUACAUCUUCUUCUCGACUGUUCGUUAGCCCAAAUAUAUCGUCUUGCAGCCCAUUUGAUCUAUUGGCGGAAGGCAAAGUUGAUCAACACCAUAAGCACAAGAAACGUUUAUGUCGUAUCACCCACUGCAAAGUUAGAAGAUAUGGCAGCUUUAGAAGCCGAUUUUAGACAGCAUAUACCGAACCUAAGCCUGCCGAUCCUAUUGUCCAAGCUUCAACAUACUCAGCAAUACUACCAAGUAUAUCGGAUUAAAGAGCUCAAGAAUCAAUAUCUAGAAGCGAUUACCUGGCUUAUUCGAAAAGAUUUGGUCGUUCAGGUGCACAUGUACCUUGUCUUGAUUCAGAACGGCGCACCUCAGCCACAGAUCGAUGAAAAUAAUACAGAAGACGUGAUGCCAUCGAGUCCAAACAAUGGUGAAAGGCUAAAAAGAAUAACAGCAAAUCAUGAAAGAGUACCCAAGGAAGUGGCUGAUUUAUUUGAACGAUUAAAACCAUAUAUGAAAGGACAUAAUCAUAUUGAUGAGAUUGUCUACAGAGAAGGCAUAUCUCGGCGGCAGUUAGGUUUAGUCUUGAAAUAUUACCGAGACAGGAUACUCAUUGUAUAUCACUAUUAAUUUCCCCUCCUUUCUCUCUUUCUCUCCCUCUCUUUCCUUCUCCCUUGUUUCUUACUUUAUUUAUACAUUUCAAUAAAUACGCAAUUUAUUACGACAAACAGGUGUAGAAGAGGCCGUUGUAGGUGCAGCCACUUUGGAUGAGGCUGGAUGCCAAGCUGAAGGGUGUAGAAAGUGAGAUGGAGGAGGCAUGGUUAGAUGACCAGAUGAAGAAAGAAGCAUGGGAGGUGGUAUGUUCAAAUCGAGGCCUUCUGCCCAAAAGUCCUUGUGGUUUUGCCAGUGUAUGAGAAACCCAUGAGGGGGAGGUAAGGCAGAUAAAGAUAGGAUGAUGUAGGCGAAUCCAAACGUAAACACAAGGAUUGCAACAAUGAUAUUAAAGACGAUUU